UGGGGACCUCUGAGGAGCCCAAACUUUCCUGUGGCACCUCCACCAUCUGCAGCCUCUGCACCUCUCCACCACAAAGAGAAAAAAAGAAGGAGAAGACCAGACUGAAGAUUUUGAGAACGUGUGCAUCAUCCAGUGUUAGUGUCUAGGGUUUAGUGUUCUGUUUUCCCUCCUUUCUUUUCUAUUUUAGCUUUUGUAAUAAAGAGGCCCUUAGACAAAGACAAGAAGACAAAGAAGAAGAAAAAGAAGAUGAUCAGACUACUUUGCUUGGCGCUCUUCUUCCUGGCCCUGGCCAACAAUGUCUACACUGCAGAACACUUACAAAUCUUCGCCAGCCCUGGUGACAAUGUUACCCUGCCUUGCCGGCUGGACCGAAAGCCCGGUUUCUCUUUUGGUGGUAUGGGAAACAGAAUCAAGUGGACCAAGCUCGAGGACGCCUUCAACGAAGUGGACGUGGUAGUCUCAAUGGGCUUCCACAAGGUCAAAUAUGGGCGCUACGAAAACCACGCCCACCUCCAGGAGGCUGAUGAAAACGAUGCCACCUUGGUUAUUAACAGCAUCCAGCUGGACGACUUCGGCACCUACAAGUGUGAGGUCAUCAACGGCAUGGACGAAACCAUCGUUCAAGUGGAAGUUCGGAUGCUAGGGGAAGCAUCUCUCUCUUCCACAGGGGUUGUUUUUCCAUACUCUCCACGUUUGGGGCGCUACAACCUGAACUUCCACGAUGCGGAGGCAGCUUGCCUGGACCAGGAUGCUGUGGUGGCCAACUUCGAACAGCUCUAUCAGGCCUGGAAAGGUGGGCUGGACUGGUGCAAUGCUGGCUGGCUAAGUGACGGAACCGUGCAGUACCCCAUCACCAAACCUAGGGAGCCAUGCGGAGGCAGGAGGAACGGGGCUGGGCUGAGAAACUACGGUCGGCGGGACAAGUCCAGCAGCCGCUUUGACGUCUUCUGCUUCACCAGUGAACUGAAAGGUCAAGUCUUUUUCAUUGACCAGAAGAUGACCUUCACCGAGGCAGAACAGGCCUGUCAGAAUGACAGAGCUGAGCUCGCCAAGACCGGGCACAUGUACGCCGCCUGGAAGCUGCAAGGCUAUGACCGCUGCGACGCCGGCUGGUUGUCAGAUGGCAGCGUGCGCUACCCCAUCUCCCGGCCCAGAAUGAAGUGCAGCCCCACGGAAGCCGCCGUCCGCUUCGUCGGUUUCCCCGACAAGAAAAACAAGCUUUACGGCGCUUACUGCUACAGAGCUCAGCAGUGAGGGUAUGUAGGGUAUAUCUCAUCACCUUAGCUCACAGAGCGACGACAAGCAGCAACAAAACACGUAUCAGAUCUGAAACCUGCACAGCAAUUUAGCAAGAACUAGCAUUCAAACUGUGAUCAACUUUUUUAUAUACGUAUACUUACAAAAGCAGUGAAUCUCAACUUUGAUCCUGGAGUACAUUUUAUUUAGUUCGGUCUCACUUUAAUAAAAAAAAAACACUAGGGUACUCCAGGACCAAGGCUGGAAAUCAAUGCUUAAACUCAAGAUACUGAAGGAAAAAAACAGUUUUUCCAUUUUUUAAUACUGAUUUCUGUUAUUUGAUGCUGCAUUGAUUUUUAUAUACAGUAAGAUAAAAAAGAUAUACAAAGUAACUUUCCAGUUAUAUCAUUUUCUAAACCAAUACUUUUAAAAAAAAAUGGAAAUACAAGGAAAUUUAGUCUAAAACAAGCAAAUCUUUGACUUACGUUUCUUGUUAUUAGUCAAAGCAAAAGGCCACUAAAAGUAUUUUUUUUUGUAUUGAAAGACAAUAAAACUGUCUUACUUUCCAGUAUCAAGCAUUUGUUCUACACUUAUGUAUCUACAUUAAUGUAUGUGGUCCAAACUUUUACCGAGCCUGGUAACAAAUUGGUAAUAUCACAGUAGAUAACUGUCAUUAGUUGUCAUUUAUAAUUUAACCUGUUUGUUUAACCUUUUUCCCCCUAUAGAUUCAAAUCCCUUCCUAUGAAUCCUGUAUUCAUAACGCAUUAUACGGAACACGUAUGCCUUAUUGCUGUAAGCUUAUAUAAUAAGUCAUAAUUGCUAAAAUAGCACAUAAAUAGCAUGUUAUAAAUUGCUAUAAAGUGUUUGACUUUAUAAAAGGAUGUUUCAUAAUAAUAAUAAUAAAAAAAAAAAAAAAUAAUAAUAAUAAUAAUAAUAAUAAUAAUAAUUCCUUACAAUAAAAGUUCAUAAGAACAAUAAUAUGUCAUCAAGAUACGCGUCAUGUUCUUCAGUAUAGGUACACUAUAAGUCAUAGGUUAUAAUAAAGCUUAGCUGAUGGUCAAUAUAAGGUGUCAUGAAUACAGCAUUCAUAGUAAGUGUUAUUGUUUUUUGUUUUUGAUUUUUUUUAUAUUACAAUGCCUUUGUGUUUUUUUGUAAUUUUUGUAUGAUUCUUUUUAUGUGUAUCCUGAUUUAGGAAAAAUAACCCAAUUCUUUUGGAAGAAGAUCUUUGACAAGUCCAUUUUUUAAAACUGUUGUAAAAGAGGACUAGGACAGUAUAAUUUCGUUUUUUUACUUUUUUCUUUCCAAGCAGCACAGCUGGCACAAUUAUUUUUUUGACAAGCUGCUGGCGAUGCAAUGGUGUUCUAAAUGCUUGUGAAAAACUGCAAAACAAGCGCAGUUCCAUUGCAUAUGAAAUUUACAGUAGCAGGGCACAGUUGUGUAGGCUUAAAGGAGAAACCCGGUGUGAAAUACACUUGGGGUGUACUAAAACAUACUAAUAACCAGUAUGAAUUUGUGUGAAAUAGUCCACCUCUGUUCUCUUCGAUCAUUCUGAAAUGGGCUUACAAUGCAAGCGAUUGGGGCAAAGCAUGCUUAGGCCAUGCUAAUUUUUUUUUUUUUUUUUUUUUUUUUUUUUUUUUUUUUUUUUUUACAGCAUUAACAAGAAAACUAAGGAGCUCGACACCUCACUGGUAGAAAUUCUGAGAGCCCUGACAUUUAAAAAGAGGCACUUAGAACUUUAAAAGUAUAUUAAAAACAGUUUAAAAAAAUGAAUUCCAUGGAUAUGCAUGAAUUCCAGCUGUUGCUGAAAAUAUCUCUAUAAUAUUCAUGCAUCAAUCAUCAAUUUUAUUGUGACUUUUUGUGAAUUUCAAGACUGAAAUGUUUCUUUUUUAAUAAACUGAGGGGGUGAAUGGAGGUGGGCUAUUUUAUAAAAGUUCACAUACAUUUCCAUGUUUUAAUACACUCCAAGUCCAUUUUACACCAGAUUUCUCCUUUAAGAGUACUGAGAAACUGAUCUUCUAAGGUAUAGCCAGAUAUGGGCAAAACGUAUAUAUUUUAACAAUAUUACAACAGUAUUAACUAUUGCCGUGAGUUUGAAUGCUGUGCAGAUUGUCCUAAAACAAUUAUACAACAUGCACAGCUAUAAGUCCACUUUUAAAAAUGAAGCAUGUUUGCGCUGUGUUGCCUUAUGGACAUAAGUCAGUAUCACCUGCCUUAAAGAGCCAGAUAUUUUAUGCAUUUUCUAUUCUGUUUCUAUUGACAUGUGGGUUUGUUUAUGUGAUGGGAAGAAAACGGUAACACUUUAUUUGAAGAGGACCUACAUAGAGGCUUUAUAGAUACAUCCGUAAGCAUUGAAUAAUGAUAUUAAUAAAGCAUGGCUUUGAUUCUUGUGAAUAUCUUAUGACAUUUUUCUUACUGAUGGAGAUGUUAUGUCAAUACAGACUCACUGACUUCAUAUGUUACAACUGAUUGCAUAAGCUAUGCAAAUGCUUUAUGCAGUCCUUAUGAAUGUGUUAUAAAGCCCCUAUGUAUUGCAGGUACCAUUUAAUAAAGUGUUACCAAGAAAACUUUAUCUACCUAUUAUUCCACACUGUACUGCAAAAGCCACAGUGCACAUACACACAACACUGUCUGCUAUUUCUUUUUUUUUAACUGUUGUUUCUUUUUUUGCACGAAACCUCACUCCAUCAAAACCUUGUCUUCCUCUGAAAUGCAGUGUACUUUUGUCAGAACAACUUUCCAAAUGAAAAAUAAAAACCCACAAGACGCAAUGA